AUGACGGUGUUUUCCGCCAAGCAGGUGUUCCCGGUGGACUACGAGGCCGAGGUGUCGCAGCGCCUUCUCGAAGCUUCUCACUCCGGCGAUCUGAACUUGGCCUUCAACUGCAUUGCCGAUCCCUCCGUCGACGUCAACUUCGCCGGCGCCGUCACCUUGAAGACCCGCAGCACCGACCUCAUACUGUUCCCUGAAUCCGCCAGCCAAGCCCGCGUCGAGUUUCAGGAAUUCGUCACCGACGUCACGCCACUGUUCCUCGCCGUCCAUGCCGGCAACGCCAGCCUCGUCAGGAAGCUACUGAUUGUGGGAGCUGAUGUAAACCAGAAACUCUUCAGAGGCUUUGCAACGACUGCAGCAGUGAGGGAGGGUCACCUUAAUAUUCUUGAGAUCUUACUUAAAGCAGGGGCAUCGCAGCCAGCAUGUGAAGAAGCUCUUUUGGAGGCAAGCUACCAUGGGCAAUCAGGGUGUGAAGAAUUGCUCAUGAGCUCUGAUUUGAUCCGACCCCAUAUUGCUGUACAUGCUCUUGUGACCGCAUGCUGCAGGGGGUUUGUAGAUGUGGUUGAGACGCUCAUAAAGUGUGGUGUGGAUGCGAGUGCUACUGACCGGGUGCUUCUACAGUCACUAAAGCCUUCUCUCUACACAAAUGUGAAUUGUACUGCCCUUGUUGCAGCUGUAAUUCAUAGGCAGGUCCCUGUUGUUGCUUUACUAUUGCAGAAUGGUGCUAGGAUAGACUUCGAAGUGAAGCUUGGAGCUUGGUCAUGGGACACUUCAACUGGUGAAGAGCUUCGUGUGGGUGCUGGGCUGGGAGAACCUUAUGGCAUCACCUGGUGUGCAGUUGAGUAUUUUGAAAGAAGUGGUGCUAUACUACGCUUGCUCCUGCAACAUUUCACCUCCAAUAGUCCUCACCGUGGAAGAACCCUUCUACACCAUGCCAUCCUCUGUGGCAAUGUUGAGGCUGCCAGGAUACUCAUAGAAUGUGGUGCUAAUGUGGAAUCCCCAGUCAAAACAAGCAGCAGAACUGAGUUCCUUCCUAUCCACAUGGCGUCUCGUCUUGGCUUACCAACAAUCAUUCAAUGCCUUAUUGAUUUUGGUUGUGACUUGAACUCUAUAACGGACUCUGGUGACACAGCUUUGAUGAUCUGUGCAAAAUAUAAACAAGAGGAGUGUCUCAAAGUACUAACAAGGGCUGGUGCUGAUUUUGGCUUGGUGACUGUUAUUGGUCAAUCUGCGAGUUCCAUUGCUGAGUCAAACAAGUGGUCACUUGGUUUUCAACAUGCAGUGUUGGAUACAAUCAGAAAAGGCAAGAUACCCAAAUCGAGCAAUACUUCUACCUUUUCCCCCUUAAUGUUUGUAGCUCAAGCAGGAGAUACUGAAGCAUUGAAAACUGUCAUUGAAUCUGGAGAAUUUGAUCUUGACUAUCAAGAUGAUGGUGGCUUCUCUGCAGUUAUGCUUACUGCUUUGAAGGGUCAUGUAGAAUCAUUUCGAUUGCUUGUAUACGCUGGAGCUGAUGUAAAGCUGUGCAAUAAAUCUGGUGAAACAGCAAUAACCCUAUCAGAAUUGAGCCAGAACCAUGAUUUAUUUGAAAAGAUCAUGCUUGAAUUUGCGCUUGAAAAGGGUAAUCGUGAUGCUGGUGGCUUCUACGCGUUGCAUUGUGCAGCUCGUCGUGGUGACUUGGAUGCUGUUACAUUGCUCGCCAGCAAAGGUUAUGAUGUUAAUGUCCCUGAUGGGGAGGACUACACUCCACUCAUGUUAGCAGCAAGGGAAGGCCAUGCUUCCAUUUGUGAGCUUCUAAUUUCACACGGUGCUCAUUGCAAUGCUAAAAAUGCUAGAGGGGAAACUGCACUCUUACUUGCAAGGAAAUUAGCCGGAGGGAAAAACGAUGCGGAGGCUGUUAUACUAGAUGAACUUGCUCGUAAAUUGGUAUUAGGUGGUGCAUAUGUUCAGAAGCACACCAAAGGUGGAAAGGGCUCUCCACAUGGUAAACAAAUGCGAAUGUUGGGCUCUUCGGGUGUGCUGUGUUGGGGGAAGUCAGGCCGGAGAAAUGUGGUGUGCUGUGAGGCAGAGUUAGGACCAAGCUCAACAUUACGUAGAAAUAGAUACAAGAAAGGUGAUGCAGAUGAACCAGGAAUGUUUAGGGUGCUAACUAAUAAGAACAGGGAACUGCAUUUUGUAUGUGAUGGGGGGUUAGAAGUUGCUGAGCUUUGGGUCAGGGGUAUUAAACUUGUAACCAAAGAGGCUAUUUUUCGUAAGCAGAGAUCGAUCUAAAUAGCAUUAUUGUCGAUACGGUAGGAUAUAUAGGUGUUUGGAGUUAAUACUUCACCUCGAAGUAAUUUAGCUGCUUUUCACUGUAAAGAUUUUGAUCUCUAAUAGUUGUACAUCCUUUUCUGGAGGUUGUGGAAAUUAAU